GUUGAUUUCUCGUCAGUUCCUUUCCUUACCACUGCCACUGCUUUUGAAAAAUGCCUCCUACCGGAACGAAGUCAAAGGCCGUGUCCUCAGACGGUGCGGUCGCCAACAUCAGGGUACGGCCGAAGAAGGUGCCGGGUCGACAAGGCGGUCUGAAGGCCAUCCUCAACAUGCCCAUGGAUGUCAUCGCCGAGAUUCUAUCGCAGUGUCACCCGCGAGAGCUGUUGACCCUCGCGCGCACGACCAAGUGGUUCCGCUCACUGUUGAUGAGACGCAACUCUGCGUAUCUGUGGCGGGAAGCCUUGAGGACGGUGCAAGGUCUCCCGCCGUGUCCGCCAGAGCUCGCCGAGCCUGCUUGGGUGGCCCUCGCAUUCUCGCCGUACUGCACGAAUUGCGGCGAAGGGCGGACGCCGACCGUCUGCUGGGCGUUCUUGGCGCGAUACUGCAAGGGCUGCAGGUCUCAGUUGUUCACGAACAGACACACUGCGUGGUCCAAUCUUCCUCAAGAUAAGGUGAUGCCAUACAGAUCUCUUCCGAAGACGGUGUUCCUUUGGACCAAACUCCCUGGGAGUUCUGCUACGUGCUACACAAUGUCUCAACUCGUGGAAGUCGUCGAUGCUUGGAUUGAGUUCAAGUCGUCUGGCCCUGGGGAAGCGUCUAGAGACCAGUUUAUAGCAGAACGGAGUGAGCGCGUGAAACAACGUCUCGCGUUCACGUCUCUGUGUGAAGCCUGGGCUCGCGUGCAAGACCUUGCGCGUGACUCCGAGCUCGCCGACAUCAAGCAGGAACGAUUCGAGGAAAUCCUCUCAAGGUUGCGUGCGCUCGGCUGGGGCCCCGAGCUCGAUUUCAUCAAAGAUAAAGGUUAUGUGCCACUGGCCGACCAUCAGAUCGUCAAAGUCCCUAGAAGUCUGACUGAUCAAGCCUGGAACAAUGUCUACGAUAAGCUGAUCGGCUGCAUGCAAGAUGUGCGGGUCGACCUGGCUAAUCACUCGGUGGAGAAGCUCAAAGUCAAUUUUCCGAUCCGCUGGAAGAUCAUGGAGAGAGCGCUUCGGCAGCUAAGCCUCCGCGAGCACACAGAGUACCAGCGCAAGUAUGGACUGGUCGCCGCAGAUAUCGCACUGACCAAGGAAUACCGCGACAUCCUGGGCGCCCCUGCUGGUAAAACUGUGACCGAGGCUACUUUCCUGGCUCUUGGCGAGCAAGCGGAUUCGAUCGUCAAAGACUGGCUAUUCCGCACACGUGAGCAACUGCGAGAGGUCUUACUCAAAGAAAUCGAGCCGCCACAGAAUAUCGAUCCUCUCGAACUCGCAACAACAGUCUUCGUCUGCGGGUCCUGUCCUCCUGGGUUUCAAUUUCACUUCUUCCCAGACAUUUGUAGAGCGGUAUGCCAACGGUCCUCUAAGGCGUUUUCCAGGGGAGACACGUACGAGGACCUCGUCGUUGGUCAUUGUGGCCCCCUACCUUUCCGGGUCUCUGGUUGUCUUCGUGCGUGUCACCCGACGACGCGCAUGCGCGAGGUCAUACAAUUCUGCGGCAAGAAUCCGGAUGCAGUGACUGCAAAGGAGAUGGACGAACUGGAUGUCAGGCUGGUGAGGGACGACAUCAUCAUGACUUGGCGCUGCGCGAUGAUGGAGGGCCUCCAGGAUCCCCAUGCGUUGAACACGUGGCGGUUGGCCACUUUCGAAGAAACCCUCAAGUCCCAGGAACACGAGAGGCGAAUCCUAGCGAAAGGCGGACAGUGGUACUGUAUGAGAUGUGAGCCGUCUCCGUAUCUGGAGACACUCCACGAUGUGGAGGAUCACUUUCGUAUCAAACAUGGCACCAGUUGUCCUGCCUUGGGAACUGGAGAUAUCGAAGUAGAACCCUGGCCCCAUAGUGCCUACGUCGGCGGCAUCUUCCUAUUCAAUAUGAAACCCGUCUCGUCAUCGCAACGGCGAUGCUAAUGGAGAAGACAUACGUUCAUCACACGGUCAGAAGUCAACGAUUUCAUGGCCGGCACAUAUGCCUUUCGCGAUUAUGAAACUAUGGCCAAUCAUCUGUAUAUGCUCUCAUUGCUAGUUGAUAUGAAUAUGUAACCUACCUAUUCAAGGAGUUCACUGUGAUCACGAUGACAGCGACGUCCCGGUGUGAUGUUCCUUCACAACGACCGUGAGCCUCCAAAGCGCGAAACCCAUCUGGGUCUUCU